UCACCAAAAUUUAGUUAAAACAGUCUGUUUCAACUUUCAAUUCCCUCCUCUAUCUUUCUCUCUCUCUAGAACCUUCCCUCCUUCCAAUUUUCUCUCUCUACCUAUACAUACAUAAUAUUUUCUUUACUGCCCAUAUAUUCACCUAUGCAAUCUCUGUUUCUUCUUCUUGAAUUCUGAUUUCUAGUUAUUAGUCUCUAUUCUGUUGGUUCUUCGUUUUUCUUUUUAGUGUUCGUUUAAUUUUCUGUUACGAAGUUUUUUAAUGGAGAUGCAAAUGACAAUGGAGGAUUCGUGUUCGAUUUCGUCGCUUUUUGAGUUUUCUUCUGGAAUAUCCGCCGCUGCUAAAAAUCGAAUAGUUCGGAAAUUGACGAAGAUACCUAUAAUACCGUGCACGCCUCGAAGUUGUAAAUUUAGGGUUUGUUAAAUCUUCUGUAAGGUUUGGUCAAAUUUACUCUUUACUUGUCUUGUUUUUACUUCCUGAAGCCGAAUUUUAAAGAAUUGAUGUGGGAUUUUACCACGGUAUUGUGAAUUUCGUGCUCGCGAAGUUGCUAAGUUCGGAACAUUGUGGCAAUUGUUGGUUCGGAAUUACCGAAUUUUGAAUUUCCUGCUUGAUAAUUCUGUCAAAUUCGAGAAAAUUUGUGUUUCUAUUGUUGUAUUUCAUGUGAAAGUUCGGAAAAUUUAGCCGUUUGUUUGGUAUAUGUGAUAUUUGAAUCUUAUGGCGGGUAGACAACUAGGUUUCCCCAAGACGAGUGGUUGUAACUUGAAAGAGCAAUUAGUGAGGAGAACUUUGAAUAAUGUGAGGUCUCAAGGACAUACGUAUAUUGAGCUUAGAGAAGAUGGGAAGAGAUUAGUCUUUUUCUGCACGCUAUGUCAUUCGCCGUGUUAUAGUGAUUCUGUCCUGUUUAAUCAUCUGAAAGGUAGUCUUCAUACUGAAAUGGUCGCAGCUGCUAAAGCCACAUUGUUGAAGCCGAAUCCAUGGCCGUUCAAUGAUGGUGUGCUUUUCUUUAAGGAUCCGGAGCAUGAUAAGCAGCACUUGCCUAUCGCGAAUGUUGGUCAAAGCAGGCUGGCUGACACUUGUCUUGUAGAUGAAAGUAGCCUUGCUAUUGUUGAGUAUGGUGGAAAUUCGAGACCUAAUGGGGAUGUACCUGAUCUCGAGGAUGAGUACUGUGAGUUGACUGGUAAUGGACAGAGUGAUAACUUGGUUAUUCCGGGUGUGUUGUGUAAAGAUGAAUUAUCUGAUCUAGAAGUGAAUCUUAUUGGUAUUGGACAAAUUGCUGUGCGGCUUACUGUGCAUGACAUUGACUCUAAAAGCAUUCGUAAAAUAUGGUGUGAAUGGUUGGGAAAAAAUGAUUCUGAUGAUAUCGAUGUCUCUGUGGUGCCAGAUCAUGACUUUGCGGUUGUUACAUUUCCUUAUAACUAUAAUUUGGGUAGGAAGGCGUUACUUGAUGACAGAUUUUUGCUCCCCUCCAGUCCUUAUUCGGAAUCUGAGGAGACCAUAACCAUUGGUGCUGGAAACAAGAGGAGGAGGAAGUCAUUUUCGGACCCGGAGGAUAUCAGUGAGUCUUUGAGUAAUCAGUGUGAUUCUUCUGGGGAAGAAUCUCAAUCAACAAAUAGCUCAAAUAUGAGACUGAUAUUGGGAACACGUGAUGAUCAACUAGUGGGUUCAAGAAUUAUAUCCAGCAAAACAAUGAGGAGAGAGUUGAGGAAACAGCAGCGAGUAGCUUCUGAGAGAAUGUGUGAUAUCUGCCAACAGAAAAUGCUUCCUGGUAAAGACGUGGCAGCUCUACUGAACAGGAAAUCUGGAAGACUUGUUUGCAGCAGUAGAAAUUUGACAGGGGUAAACGCUGCUCUGCUUUGUUGUUUUUCCCAUCUGAUAUCGUUUUUAUGUACUCGUGCAUUGUGGUGUUUUAUUGUUGUUCCGAUCUUUUUGAGUUUUACUGUUAUAGAAUCUUUUGGGAAGAAAUCAGGUAUUUAUAACACUUUUAGGAAUCUGCUAAAAGAUGUCUUUCAAAGCAGACAACUUUUUGACACACACUUCCAACUGUCACCUUUUAAAAUAAAGUUACCUUCUCUUCUAAUUCCAAUCGCUAACAUUAUCAACUUUGAUUUUCAGAUGUUCAGGUACAAAAUUAAACUCAGUGAUGCACGUAAAGCAUGGAUGAAGAAUCCUGAGGUGUUGCCCAACUGUUCAACGGGCUUCCAUUUGCCCCCUGAGCAUGAUGAUCUUUCCCAGGAAUACGUUUCACCACUCAAGUUGCUGCACUUUUAUCGUACUAAUGUUUCUAUCUGAGCCAAUAUUCUAAGAGGAACAUUGACAAGAGCAUUCACAACUAUGAUAUGUGUAGAAUGAGACUUUACAGCUGUGAUAUGUGUAGAAUGAGACUUUACAACUGUGAUAUGUGUAGAAUUUAAACCAAUUGUUGCUAACCUUUUCUGUAAAUGUCACGUGCUUGUUGAGACUACUGUUGCUAAAGUAGUUGUGUAUACAUUGUAGAGAUGAAUUUCUUACAGCAGAUUGUUUUCCCAUAGAAGUAUGUAAACCUGUUUGCUAAAGAUGCAUGUGAAGGUGUUUGGAUUGGCUUAAAAGCUGGUCAAAUUAUAGCUUAAACGCACCUUUUACAUAACAGAGUUGGGAAAUACCAACUUCUUUAGGGUUGAGGUUAUAUCAAUUUUGGGCCAUGGAGCUAUGCUACUAUCUGUAAUCUGUUGAAUAUUUUUCACAUGUUCAGUUCUUUUGGAGUCAGAAGUUGAUUGCUUCAGAACAUCUGUUGGUGCAAACAUAGGACUUUGUCACGAUUUCGGAUU